CCCGUCCAUCGCCAUCGACCGAACCCACCAAACUUCGCAAGAGAAGGCCCCUCAACCUACGACUCGCGGCGAUCUCCCCGACCACGGCGAUGGCCGCCGCCGCCCUCCGCUCCUCCUCCGCCGCGCGCCGGCUCCUGCGCCUCGCCCCGGCCGCAUCCUCGGCGCUCUCCGCUGCCUUCCGCCCCGCCGCCGGUGUGGCGCCGCUAUCGCGCCCGAUCGCCGCGCUCUCAGGUGGUAACAAUCCUAUCUCAUGGAAUCUGAGGCGCUUCUUCAGUUCGAACGAAAAGCAUUUGCCUGCAAUAUCUGACCCAGAGAUAGAGUCUGCAUUUAAGGAUUUGUUGGCCGCCAGUUGGAAUGAACUUCCAGAUUCUCUUGUAGGGGAAGCAAAGAAAGCAGUAUCUAAAGCUACUGAUGAUAAGGCUGGUCAAGAGGUUUUGAAAAAUGUAUUUAGUGCUGCAGAGGCAUGUGAAGAAUUUAGCGGAACCUUAGUUACCCUAAGAAUGGCUCUUGAUGAUCUUUGUGGCCUGACUGGUGAGAAUGUGGGUCCCUUGCCUGGUUAUAUUGAAGAUGCUGUUAAAGCUGCAUAUAAUCGCUACAUGACAUAUCUGGAGUCCUUUGGUCCUGAGGAAAAUUAUCUAAGAAAGAAGGUGGAGACUGAGUUGGGGACAAAAAUGAUACACCUCAAAAUGAGAUGCAGUGGCAUAGGUUCUGAGUGGGGAAAGAUCUCCCUGAUUGGCACCUCAGGGAUCUCAGGUUCCUAUGUUGAGCUAAGGGCCUGAAGGGAAGUCUGUAGAUCAGAACCAUGGAAUCAUCAAUGGGCCAAGGAAACCUGUAGAUCAGAACGGGUUCGACUUUUUCCAUUUUUUCUCUGUAGCUACCAUGGCAAUAACAACAAGUUCAAACAACUGUGCACUUGAAGUAACUCCGGAUGAUCCAGUCUUUGUUGCUGUAAUAAGAUUGUGUUUCUGAAUGUUCAGAUAUUCUGCUCCUGGGCAUGUGCGUGAAAGUUUGAAACCUGUCGAUUCUGUUCAUUUUUAGCAUACGUCUGACUUCUGUUCAUCCCGUGUCAAUUAUAAGUUGAAAUGAAGUAUAUAUUGAUAUGCCA